AUGUCUUCCACAUCAACACCUGAUGUGCCUGAGAACGCACCCGACGAAUCCUCGAAGCUCAAGACAUUCUUGUCUAUUCUUCGAAAAUUCGUCGGCGUGAGUGAUAUCGCAUCCGUCAGGUUUUCGCUGCCCGCCCAGCUUCUAGAACCGACACCCAACCUUGAAUACUGGAACUAUUUGGAUAGACCGGAGACCUUCGCAAGCAUUGGUACAUCAGAUGAACCACUUGGACGUAUGCUGGAGGUUUUGAGGUUUUGGUUUACUAAAGACUUGAAAUACAUUAAGGGAAAGCCAUGUAAACCCUACAACUCCACUCUUGGUGAAUUUUUCAGGUGUAGCUGGGAAGUAAAUUCUACCCUUUCCGAGUUGCACGUGUCCAAAGGGACUCCAGUCAAGGGCGCGUCAACCGUGAACGAUUACAACGGAAAACCAGCCAGAGUGUGUUACUUGACCGAACAAACAUCUCAUCAUCCGCCAGUGUCCGCAUUCUACAUUGACUGUUCAGAAACAGGAGUAUCCGCUCGCGGGUUUGAUCAGAUUAGUGCCAAAUUCACCGGAACAAGCAUCCGCGUUGCCCCCGGACAGCACAACCUUGGCAUCUUCAUCAAUAUCAGUAAAAGGGACGAUGAGGAAUACCAGCUGAAACACCCUGCUGCCCACCUAGGUGGCCUGCUGCGUGGCGCUUUAUCCAUCAGUGUGGCUGACACAUGCUAUAUCGUCUGCCCGAAAACGAGGAUUAAGGUGAUUUUACAAUAUUUGGAGGAUGGUUGGAUCAGCCGAGCUCAAAAUAAGGUUGAAGGCGUUAUCUUCCGAUAUGACCCGGACAAAGAUACGAUUACUAGGGUAAAGGACGUUCCGGAAGCCGAUGUGCUUGCCAAAAUCUCAGGGUCAUGGCAGAAUCAAAUGUAUUACACCAUGGCUGGCACAAAUGAGCCCCAGCUACUGAUUGACAUCGCACCCCUUUUUCCUGUUGCAAAGACUCUGCCGCCUGAAGAAAGCCAGCUAUCCAACGAGUCCCGAAAAUUCUGGUCUGAUGUGACUGAGGCAAUACUGGACAAAAGAUAUAGCCAAGCCACCAAGCUCAAAGUUGAGAUCGAAGACCGACAACGGCAGAAAGCCGCUGAACGACAAGAAAAGAAUGAAGAAUGGAAACCUCGCUUCUUCACUGGCGCCGUCACGCCUUUGGGAAGACCAGAGUUGAGUGAGGAAGGUGCAGAGGUCCUCAAGGGUCUUCGCAACCAACACUACCAGUUAGAGGAGAGCUAUGUCAAGGGCGCCUAG